AACCGAACCGAAAUUCCGAAAUUCCGACCGAAAAACCGAAAUACUACAAUUGCAACCUCCAAAUGGUGGAUUUUUAUAUUUGUAGUUGUUUUUAUACUUAAAUAUUUGAAAUGUUUUAUGAAUUAUGUGUUGAAAAGUUUGAUUUUAUCAUUGAUUAUGCAUAUAAUUGCAUAUUUAUUGUUUAUAUUAUGAGUGAAAAAUAAUUUAAAAGUGAGAAUAUACAAGUAGCCUCACAAAUUCGGUUUUGUGUUAAAAACCAAACCGAACCAAAUUAUAAUUCGGUUUAAACCGACCGAACCAAAUUAUAAGUCGGUUCAAAUUCGGUUGAGGUUUGGGAGAAUUCGGGGACCCGGUAUUCAUAAUUUCGGUUCGGUCGAAACCGAACCGACCGAAUGUCCACCCCUAUGGGAGGCAGCGAAGAGCGUGUUUUCUGCGUAAACCCCACGCGCCUUUUAGAGAAAUCGCCCAUAAACUAGUUCUAGAAGUCUCCUCUUAUCGUCUCAUCAAAAUUAAAACUCCUCUCUCCCAGUCUGAGAGCUAAACUAGGGUUUCUCUAUCUUCUCGACUCUCCUCCUCAUUUCUCCCACCAAACUCCUAGGUAACGUAACAACUUCUUCUUGUUAAUUCAACUCCUAUUUUGCAUUUUGCUGAUUUCGGAUGAGAGGUCCUGAUGGGAUCGCUAUUUUGAGAUUCAGGAAGGUAUACUAAUGGCGGCUUCUCAGCUCACUGCAUCUUCAGUCUCGGUGUCGGCCAGGAACCUGGUUUCAUUUGAAGGACUAAAACCCUCCGCCGUGAAGUUUGCAUCUUUCGGGGUAUUGAAGCCCGGUGGCCUGUCCCAACGCUCAUUCCAGGGAUUGGUCGUCCAAGCAGCCACCGUCGUUGCCCCUAAGUACACUUCGAUUAAGCCACUGGGUGAUAGAGUGCUGGUGAAGAUAAAGACUGUGGAGGAGAAAACUGGUGGUGGUAUUUUGCUCCCAUCUUCGGCACAGUCAAAGCCUCAAGGAGGCGAGGUUGUUGCUGUUGGAGAGGGCAAGUCAAUUGGUAGCAAAACCUUGGACAUUACUGUUAAGACUGGUGCUAAGGUUGUUUAUUCCAAGUAUGCUGGCACUGAGGUUGAAUUCAAUGGUGAAAGCCAUCUGAUUCUGAAGGAAGAUGACAUUGUCGGUAUUCUUGAGACAGAAGACAUUAAGGACCUCAAGCCCCUCAAUGACAGAGUUUUCAUUAAGGUUGCUGAGGCCGAGGAGAAGACUGCUGGAGGUUUGUUGCUCACAGAGGCAUCCAAGGAGAAGCCAUCCAUUGGCUCGGUGAUAGCAGUUGGACCUGGACCUGUAGACGAGGAAGGUAACACGAAGCCUCUGUCAAUCUCCCCUGGAAACACGGUGUUGUACUCCAAGUAUGCAGGGAACGACUUCAAGGGCAGUGAUGGUUCCAACUACAUUGCCCUUAGGGCUUCAGAUGUGAUGGCUGUCCUGUCGUAGUUUGGGUUGUUUCUUUAUCCGGAAUAGAUAGAUUGAUGGAUGUACCUCCUGAAUUUUGUGGGUUGAGGAAUGGCAUACACCGUUUUGUAGCCUUAAAGCUGUAACCGGAUUGUUCUGUUACGAUAAGAAAUGCUAAGCUAUGAAUAAUAAAGCCUUCCUCGGAGUUCCCUCGUUUUGUGACAAGAUCAUAUGUUUGCUGCCGGCUUAUAACUAAACCCACCAUACCAUUUCUAAAGACUGGUACUUGAAUGAAACCCUAACAAUAGAACAAGUGAAGUACGAAGCAAGCCAAUGAAACGAUAAUACUGCCACUUCUGGAUUUAUGAGAAGUAAAAUGCAUCUAACAUCAUCUUCUUCUGUGGGGGGCAAGCCAGUACGGUGUUGGUACUUCCAUUCUCGAUUUCCUACAAGUUCAAUCCCUAAACUCUUUUUGGAUUCUGAAAAUGGUUCAAUAUAAUAGUGAAUUAAGG